GGCAGGAGGGCAGGAGAAAUGAGUGGAGGGCGAAAUCGGAAAUGAUAUUUGUGCUACAAUCCAUGUUAGUAUUUGCAUUGUCUUCUACUCGGAAAGCGCCGAAGAAAAUUAGAGAUAUUAUUGGCGUAACAAAACGGCAAAAAAAAGAGUCACUCACCCACACAAGAGUCAGAACGGAGAAAGUCAGUAGAAAAAACAAAUACAGAGAUAGAAAAAUAAAUGGAAGAGGAAGGAAUAGGGUUAGUGUUAGCCAGAGCCACAGAACUCAGAUUCAAGAUCACUAACUGCAUUCACCACAAUUCCAAAUCUUCUCCCAAUCCCCUCGACGACGAAGACGCCGACGAUGAUUCUACCGAUAGACUUCUCAACAUUUGCGACGCACUCGAAGCUUUGGAGACUCAGCUUUCUUCCUUGCAGGUUCUGCAACAACAACAACGGUAUGAAAGAGAAAUUGCCUUGGCCGAGAUUGAAAACAGUCGCAAAAUGUUAAUUAAUAAACUGAAGGAGUAUAAAGGUAAAGAUUUGGAAGUGAUACAUGAAGCUUCCACUUUUGCUAGUGAAACCGUGGAGCCAAACAAUGAUCUGCUACUUCCUCCAUAUCCGACCCGUCCUCCUUAUUCCAUGUCUCUUGACAAGGAAUAUCUGUCACAGAACCCUUCUGUCAAUAAGUCUGGUCGCAAUGGAUUAAUCACACUUGAUAACGUGAUCGAGGCUAAAAGGAAUCCAAAUGAAAAAGAGGAAAAUCAUGUUGAGGAUGGAGGUAAAAGUUCAAGAAAAGGGUUAUGGUGUCUUAUAACUUCUGCAGCAAAAACAAUGCUCACAGUUGUUGGUGUGGUAUCAAUAUUGAGUUUGUCUGGAUUUGGUCCUAAUUUGCGGAAGACUCGUUUCAAUGUACAAGGCAGGCAUCACAGACUAGAUGAUGAGAACAAGAGAUCUACUGCUGAAAAUAAGGCUGAGAGACCGUGUCCACCUGGGAGAGUUUUGGUGAUGGAAAAUGGGGAGGCCAGAUGUCUUGUGAAAGAGAGAGUUGAAAUUCCAUUUUCAUCUGUUGCUGCAACACCUGAUAUAAACUAUGGAAGUGGUUAAGAUUAGCUUUUAUUCUCCGCGUUGUAUAUCAUCCCCCCAAAUUUAUGUUCUAAAUUUUAUUCUCCGUGUCCAUUUGGGAGAGUUUUGCUGUUGAAAAAAUUAUCUUGGUGGCCAAUUUUCUAGUAUUUUUUUAGUA